AGUGGUGGGGCGCUCCGCGGUGCUGUGGCUCACACUCCGGUUCGGGAGGCCGAGGCUGUGCUGGCGGCGGCGACCUCUGCGGCGGCGACGGCUGAGGCUCUCGGAAGAGCCACCGCGUGGGGUCUGAAGGAGGAGCUUCUGGUCAGCUCAGGCAGCUGGAAGGUGAGCACCGGAGAAGCAGAAGACACUGUCCAGGGAAACUUUACAGUGGGAACUUGAAUCGGUCCUGUUAAAGGUUCUAUCAUAAUGAAUGGAUCCAGUGUGGCAAAUACAUCACCCAAUGUAAAAUCCAAAGAGGACCAGGUGUUAAAUGGGCACGAUGAGAAAGAAAACCCGUUUGCAGAGUACAUGUGGAUGGAGAAUGAAGAGGAUUUUAACAGACAGGUGGAGGAGGAGCUGCUGGAGCAGGACUUCUUGGACCGGUGCUUCCAGGAGAUGCUGGACGAGGAAGACCAAGACUGGUUUAUUCCAUCGCGAGACCUGCCUCAGGCCAUGGGACAGUUGCAACAACAGUUAAAUGGACUAUCUGUCAGCAAUGGUCAUGAUUCUGAAGAUAUUUUGAGCAAAAGUAACCUGAACCCGGAUGCCAAGGAAUUUAUUCCAGGAGUGAAGUACUGAGCUGACAGAAACUUUGAGGAGGACUUGUAUGUCCCCACAUCUGGGGACAGUGCCGCACAAAAAGGCAGAGCUGAAGGGGGGGUGGGGUGGGCUAGGGAUGCACAGUGGGGGAAGGGAAUAGUAGUUUAACUUAACACUGUGACUGGAGUAGCUAAACGUGCUCAGUCUUACUCUACAAGCCUCUGAGUAUUUCUCUUUUGUUCUACUGACUUUCCUUUUGAGCAGUUUAUUAUUAUUAUUAUCAUUAUUAGGUUUUGCCUUUUUGAGUUAAGGAAAUUAUUGCAAUUCUUCACCUUCAUCAGGAAUGUUCUGCAAUGUGAGUUUAAACAGAAUAAGCUGACCAAGAAAAUCUGGGUGUUUACACGAAUGCCCUCUCACCCUGCUGUAUGUUGCAAGGGCAGUGAGCACCUAGAAAACUACUGAGUCUGUUAAGCUGGAUGGGAAGAGGGAUGAGUGGAAGAAGCAGGUGUUUUAAACCAGCCUUUGCAACUAUGCGACCCCUGAGGGCUUUCUGCAAUGAACUGGGAUUACCAAUUGCCUGCUGAGCCCAUGUCUUCCUGCCUUGAACCUCCAUUCAAGAAAACACGGACUUAAAAUAUUGGUUUACAGUAACUCUUUUGAUGUUGAUGAAAGUUGUAAAUUCAAGGGGAAAACUGUGAUGGUUAUUGCCAUUUGAGUCAUACAGUUACGGUUGGCCUACUCUUAAGCCUCUGUUUACAGCUACCAUCAAACUCAUCAUUUACAAGGUACAGGAGCACUUGGGUAGAUUUGCCUUUUUGUCUUUCAUGGUAUCUAGUCCCAUAUUCCUUUCUACCCCCACCCUACUCUGAUUUUAAGAAAAGAUAUUAUUACCAAAGGUGUGUGAAAGGCAUGCUAUGCUGGCCAUCAGCUUCAGCCUGGAGAAGCCAUCCUUGAAUCCUGUUAGUGUGUGUGUCUUAAGUUUAUUUUGACAGUUGUUUUUCCCAGCCCAUGAAGACUCAGUCCUUUUGGUAUAUUACUUUCCUUGGAAAGGUUUAUGCACUUUUAUAAGUAAAUAUAUUUUUAGGACACUAGCAAGAAGCUCAGUUCACAAUUUUGAUGCUUCUCCCACUUUACAGAAUUAUGCAAAAGAACUAAAAAAAAAAAAGCCUAAUAGAGUGAGUCCUACUUGACCCAGGUGACUGUGUGACCCACUGGGAUAGUUUCAGCAAUUAUAAAAUUUUGCUGUUCCUAAGUUUUGUAGGUUGGGCCUCUGGGCACAUUCCUUUCGUCUUUCCUGCCUAUAAGUCACAGGGUUUUUUUUCUGAUACUCAUAGGGAACUAAACUGGGUACCAGGUGCUGCCUUUGUGUGACAGAGAUGUAGGUGGCGGUCAGUUCUAAAAGAGAGUGCGUCAAUUCCUGGCCAUUCUCCCAGGAUGAGGACUUCCAGGGCCUGGAGGACGGUGGCUUCUGUGUGACUGUUCCUGUGUUGUGGAUAGACAUACAGUGGGGCCUUGACUUACGAGUUUAAUUCGUUCCGAGACCGAGCUCUUAACUCAAAUUACUCUAUCAACUCAAUGCAAAAAAUCGGCCGAGAGACAGCUGGUAUCUCAAAAAACUCGUUAGUCGGGACACUCGUAAGUCAAGGCCCCACUGUAUCAGGAAAAGAUCUUAUAACUUGAAAUAAAGUCUGUGCAAAAUCAGUAUGUGGAUGUGGGAGAGAGGUUGGAAGGAAAGGACUAGGAUCUGGAAAGCUUAAGAACUUCUCCUUUUUCUUAUGAGUUCCUUGUUGAUGUUAUGAACAGCCACAGUCUAAGGUCAGAUUUAAAAUACAAACCCACAGCGUUUUUUUAUAUGAGUCUAUUGGACGGCAUUAUUUGAACUGGCCUUCCUUGUUAGAUCACAUAUCAUAGGGAGCUUGUAUUGCCAGACGUGCACAUUCAUUCCCAAAGCCUUUACCUCAAAAGAAUGGAACUCUCACUUGUUUUCUAGGGAGGUGUAUGGACAAAGGAAUUUCUUGAUUACAGCUUCAGCUUCCAACUGGGGUUGUUGCCUGUAACAAGGAGAGGGCCGUGGAAGUGCACAAUUAGAAGUCUCUCUCUUUUCUGGGGCCGCUUUUCUUUCAUCUCCAGUAGCUUGUCCAAGCUCAGAAUUAUAAAGGCUGUUGGAAAUGUUGUGUGAUAGACAUAUCAGGAAAAGAUCUUGUAACCUGAAAUAAAGUCUGUGCAAAUUAAGUAUGUGGAUGUGGGAGAGAGGUUGGUAGGAAAGAUUGUGAUUGCAGAAAGAGACAUUUUCUAGAUCUGGGUAUUGCUGUCACAGAGUACAAUGGGUUCUUGUGUGCUCCAGUCAGGAAAGUGCUACCGGGAUCCAGAUCGAGCCAUUUCUUAUCCUGAAGGCUAGCUCUUCUGACGCCAGGACAGGCUAUAAUGCUAGGUGCAGUCCAAAGGGCUUGUCUUUCCGUCUGGGGCUCCACUUUGGAUGUCAGUCUUCAGUGUACUGUCACAAGGCAUAUUUAGGCAGGACUACGAAAUGUUCCUGCCAAGUGAGCAGUGAACCUGAGGACUGGAUUUUCCAGAGUGUGCUGACUCCAGGAUCAGAAAGCAGCUCGCAAUACGACCCCUUUUUAAAUGUUUAGGCUGAUGCUUCCAGUGGCUCCUCUUAUAGCUCAACUCUUCAUCUGUUUUGUUGUGAGGUGGGAGCACAGCUGUUACCCAGAUCACAGGCUCAGCUAUAGUUAGUGUUUGCCAGUUUCUUAGCAAAAAAGGCAUUUGGGUCUCGUUGGACCUUGACCGGGAAAGGCUGGGAGCCUCUGUCUCAUAGGAGAGGGUCUGGGUGCCAGCCAGGCUGCACACCGUUACCCUUUAAUGGUGGGCUGUUAUUUAUAAGUGAUCACUUUGAUGUUGAAUUUCAGUCAUUAUUCUGUCGAAACUUUUUUUUAUUGGCAACUGGAAGUUUGAGAAUUUUUAUAGAAACAGAACAUACAUUUUUACCGGUUGCCAAUUCUGGUUGGUCUCAGUGUUAGUUUAUUAGUGAUUACUUUCUGAUUUUUGUGGUUAUUGAACUCUAAAACUCCAAGAUGAAAAUUUAUUUCUUGCUCUUCAAGGAGAAAAACAUAAAAAUAAAGGAAAUGCCUUUUCAGUUUCUCCAGGCCAUAGAUCUACAGCAGAAAACUUGAUGGGCACAGCCUAGGCCUAAGCACCUGCAACUUUGGGUCUUUGGGCCAGUUUCUGCUUACAGCAGAUGAUUUUUUUGGGGGUUAUAUUAGGUCAAAUAAAACAAAAUCAUAAAAGGCUGAACCUUUGAAGCACCUCGGUUUCCAAAGUUAAAAUAGCUGGGAUCUUUUAAAUUCAGGUUCUAAUGCUAACUCUAUGGCUUAAAAAUGUUUUUAGUGAAAUACUAAACAUUUUUCAAAUUGUGUAUUGUUACAAUGUCAACGUUUUGUCUUGAUUUCGGAGAGGCUUAGAAGUAAGGGGGUCAGUUGGAUACUCUGGCAAUGAUAUGUCAGAGAGGAAAGUCGUUUGAAGUAGCCAAAGGAAAUAGCUUGACUGAAUCUUCUUAUAUUAGUGCUGUUGCAAACACUGUAGAAACAUUAGGAGCCCAGGAAUCUACCUGCUUGAUUGGAAGGGGCAAGUGGUCUUCGAUAAGGGUACCAGCAAAUUAAUGUUCCUUGGUUUAGGUGAUGCUGAGGUAUGGGAACAGGCAGAAGAGACCAGACAUUUAACUAAGAUUUGGAGAUACCCCCCAGCACUCUCCUUGGGGAUAAUGCAAACCUCAUUUGUUUAGGAGGGGGGUGGGAAGAACUGGAGAGGUGACCCAGGCCUGCUGUACACUGGGAACCUUCAUUUCCUCCUACCUCUGCUUGCAGUUCCCAAGUGAAUCAUUGCCCCCUCGUUGCCCAUGGGGAUCCUUAGUUCUUCUGGUCCCUCUGCCUUUGUAGUUCACAGAGUACUUUCUUCAGCCACUGCUCUGUCGUGUGAAUUUCAUUCAGACUUGGUUAGUCACAAUUUUGAAAGCCACCCCCCCCUUGCUUUUAAUCUUCUGUUUUUAUUUCUCCCAUCUUGCAGCUAUAAUUGGUGACAAGGAACAGGGCAGUAGGAGGCUGACUGAAGGCAACACUCAGGUUUUUUGCUUGCUACUUGACCUUCUGCCUACCCGCCUACUCUUGUCUCUCUCCCCCCCACCCGCCCCUGCCCGUCAGUCUAGUUUUUAUGGGAGUCCUAGGAAGAGGACAGCCAAGUACACUGAAUUCCACAAGGUGUCAGCCAAGAGUCACCACCCCACCCCAUGGGAUAAAAAAGAAAUCUGCAAAGGGACAGAUGCACCAUCUUUAUUCUAAAAGAAAAAGCCCUCUUAGAUUUUGUUAUUACUAGGAGGCUCAUUUUUGGGACUACUACUUACAGGUGACCUUUUAUUUUAUAAUGAAGAAACAUCCUAGGCAGUUUACCAUAAAAUGGUACAGUGUUUUCACUCUGAACUCAACACUAGUGAUCAUCCAGCCCUUGAUUGUGAACCUCAGGAAUGUUUAGUGCUUGAUGGGUUGUUCGGGAGGCAGGGUUGUUUAAAAAAAUUGAGGCAUAUUUUACAUAUAAUAAAUCCACCCAUUUCAAGUGUUAAAUUGAAUGAUUUUAGUAACUUUCCUGAGUGGCACAGCCAUACCCGUAACUGUUUUAGAACAUUUUCAUCCACCCCAAUAAGAUCCUUCAUUUAUUGCACAGUAAUCCCUGUUCCCAGCUCUAAGUGACACUAAUUUCCAUCUCUAUAAACUUGCCUUUUCUGGACAUCAUGUCAAUGGAAUCAUACAAAAUCUGUUCUCUUGCCUCUGGCUUUUUUCACUUAGCAUAUUUUGUGGUUUAUCCAUGAUGUUUAACUUGUGUUGGUAGUUUGUCCCUUUUUAUUGCUAUAGUAUUCCAUUGAUAGAUAUACCACAUUUUGUCAGCAAGGAGUCCUUGAAACUUGGAUUUCCACCUCCCGUGGUCUAAAGGAACCCUUAGAACAUAGGACUCUAGGGGAAGGUGCUCUUCACGUCAAAGGAUUGCUUAUCAGAACCAGCUUUGUUACCAGAAGCUCGAGAUGUUAGGAGCCUGAACUGCUGCAGAAAUUUUUAUAGUUUUGCAACUUUUUUAUAAGAAACUCUUUUGCUAUCUACAUGUCAGUACUUUUGAAGCAUCUGGUAAUUAAUUUAUUCCGAAGUAGGAGUAUGUGUUUGAGUGGACAAGAAAGUGAACCAUCAGUAAUACUGUGUUGGAGAUUUUUUUCCUCCCCAACUGGGUAGGGGAGUCUCUGAAAUUUCUAAAUAGUAUCAUCUCCAUGACAAGGUGGAACCUUUGUUCAAGAUCAUGCUGCCUUUGUUGGACAGAUUUUGGGGAGAGGAGGACCACCAUCAGAGGAGGUGCAGAGGAGAAAGUGCAGCGUGUGGAACAAGAAGCCCAGAGAUCUGUGCAUGCCCCCCCUCUUGGUGUGGGUGGUGAAGCGUUGAUGGUGUCCACAGGCAGCUUAGCACCUCCAGCAGGCCCGGGUCUUGACUUUGGACCUUGAUCCCUGUUUCAAAGUGUUUAAAAGCUGUUUUUGUCUCCCCCCCAUAAACAUUUCAUGGUGGUUAAUACUUCUUUGGGGGAGAAGCAGGGCUUUAAAAUAAAUAAUUUUCAUAAAAGUAUCAAAAAUAGGAAAAAAGUUACUUUAAAAAUUUUGCUAUACAAACCAAAUGGCAGCUGUUGAAAAUAUUAAUAAAAUGAGAAAAAAAUGCA